AUGCUCCUCACGACCUCCCGGCGCUUAAGACAAUACUUUCAGGCCCAUCCCGUGACGGUCCGAACCGAUCAAGCAGUCAAACAGGUACUACAAAAGCCUGACCUAGCAGGAAGAAUACUAGCAUGGUCCAUUGAGCUGUCCCAAUUCCAAAUCAAGUUCGAACCCCGAAACGCAAUCAAAGCACAAGUCAUGGCCGACUUCAUCGCCGAAAUGACUCCGGGAAACACCACUCCCGACUCAUGGAAGUUGCACGUCGACGGCUCAUCAAACGUCACCUCCAGAGGCACCGGGGUCAUACUUGAAAACCAAAACGGGGUCGUAAUCGAACAGUCAGUACGAUACGAAUUCCCAGUUUCUAACAAUCAAGCAGAAUAUGAAGCUCUCCUGGCAGGCCUAACCCUAGCCAAGGACGUCGGGGCAAAAGUCCUGGAAGUAAGCACCAACUCACAGGUAGUCAGCUCUCAAAUCAACGGAGACUACCAAACACGCGACCCCUUACUUCAACAAUACCUCGCCAAGGUAAACAAACUGAAAAAAGGGUUCGAUCACAUUACCAUACGGCACGUUCCCAGAGAAAGAAACGCCAGAGCAGAUCUCCUCUCCAAGCUAGCCAGCACCAAACCAGGACACGGCAACAAAUCGCUAAUUCAAGAAGUCAUUAAAUCACCAUCCAUAUCCACAACAGCCAACACUUGCCUAACACUCUCUAGACAAGGAUCGUGGACUUACCCCAUCCUACAAUACCUCCUCGACGGAACCCUACCUAGAGAUCCCAAAGAGGGGAAACGAACAAAAAGAGAAGUAGCCAACUACACGGUUGUCGCAGGACAACUAUACAAACGCGAACUCUCGCAACCCCUCCUCAAAUGCGUCGAACCCGACGACACGGAGUACAUACUCCGCGAAAUCCACGAAGGUUGCUGCGGCCACCACAUCGGAGGUAAAAUCCUCGCCCAGAAAGUCAUCCGAGCCGGCUACUUCUGGCCCACGGUUAUCCGGGACUCCAUAAAGCUAGUAAAAAGUUGCGAUAAAUGCCAAAGGCAUGCCAACAUCCAUCAGGCCGCCCCACAUCAGCUCAGCAUCAUAUCGGGAGAGCGGCCAUUCGGCACCUGGGGAAUCGACCUUGUCGGACCCUUUCCCACGGCACCCAGCCAACUCCGAUAUCUCAUCGUCGCCAUAGAUUACUACACUAAGUGGAUCGAGGCCGAGCCCCUGGCCUCUAUCACGGCAACCCAUUGCCAAAAAUUCCUCUGGCGACAGAUCAUCACCCGAUUCGGGAUCCCCGAGAUCGUUAUCUUGGACAACGGAACCCAAUUUGCUGACAAAAAGUUUAGAGAAUUUUUAGAAGGACUACGCAUAUCCCAUCGCUUCAGCUCGGUAGAACACCCCCAAACAAACGGGCAGGUGGAAUCUGCAAACAAAAUAAUCGUCAAAGGACUCAAGAAACGGCUUGACGAAGCCAAAGGGCUAUGGGCCGACGAACUCGGUUCGGUCCUAUGGUCAUACCGGACUACACCCCAAACGACCGCAGGGGAGACACCCUUCCGAUUAACAUACGGCAUGGAAGCCAUCAUCCCAGUAGAGAUAGGAGACCUAAGUCCCAGAAAAACGGUAGAAGGGAACGACGAGGAAGCGGAACGAGACCUCGUGAACGAAGAAGCAUAG